GAGGGCGUGCGCGUGCCCGUAAGUGGUGGGUGGAGCCUACGUAAACCCGCAGGUGUGUGAAUGCACACCUUAGUGCGUUUGAACGCGUGAGCUUCCUUCAAACACAGUUUAAUCAUGAGUUUAUCAACUUCGGGAUCGUUCAGAAGACAUUCAGCUCAUGCUUCGUGACAGAACUGCAACUUUAUACACUUUAUUUAUUUUAUUCCGUCAAAUGUUGACAAAAGGUGGAUUUUAAGAACAAUUUCAGAUGGAUUAACAAAAGAAGCGCAUGAGAACAUGAGGAGAUGUGUUGAGGAAUAACAGAGAAAUACACUGACAAUAAACCAGCAACAUGACUAAACUACUCACCUGCAUCAGUGUGAUCAUCUUCAGAUUGAUGGUCUGUGUUCACAGUGAGUUUAUCGAGCCGUCUGAGUCUCUGGCCCUGCGCUCGUUCUCUGGCACUCCGACCCGGCUGCCCUGCCGGUUCACGGUGGAGGGUGAAGAAAAGGUGGUGCAAGUGACCUGGUUCAGACAGAAACCAGGAGAAGAACAAGAACAGGUCAUCACAGGACACUUUACUGAAGGACUUACAGUAUUUCCUGAUUUUCUCAAUCGUGUUCAGUUCGAGAGCUCCAACCCAAUCAUCGACUCCACGCUGUUGAUUCUGAACACGAAGAAGGCCGAUCAGGCCACAUACACCUGCCACAUCACCACCUUUCCUUCCGGAAUCUUCGAGAGACAAAUCAGUCUCACCGUCUGGAUUUUGCCGAUCUCCUCUCUGGAGCCGGUGAUCCUGCAGGAAGGCCAGUCGUUCCGCGUGGCUGCCUCAUGUCGUGCAGUUGGACACCCUUCACCGCGCCUGUCCUGGGACACGGACAUUCACGGGCAGUCGCAGAACCGGACCGGAGAGGAUGGAGUCGUAACCUCGCAGUUUUCCCUGCAUCCGCUGCGCAGCAUGAACAAACGCCGUCUGGACUGUCUGGUGUGGCAUCCGGCUCUGGACGCCCCGCACAGAAUCAGCAACGAGCUCAUCGUGCACUUUCCUCCUGAUGCAGCGAUUACUGGCUCUGGUUCCUGGAGAAUCGGGGACACGGGAUCAGAGCUCAGAUGUGCGGUUAAAGGAAACCCUCUGCCGCAAAACGUCACAUGGAGCAGGAAGGACGGCCGUCUGCCAGCGGGAGUGUCUGUUCAGGGGGAUGCGCUGGUGUUCGUUCGGCCUCUAAACGUGACGGAUGAAGGCGUGUACGUCUGCCAGACAGCAAACGGCGUGGGAAUCGCUAAAGCCGAGUUUAAAGUGGAGGUCGGAAAACACACAGACACGACUGCAUUUGCACACGUUUUCGGAAACACGUCAGAGUCUCUCCUCAUCAUCAUAGGAGCGUCUGUCGCCGGGGUUUUGAUCAUCGUCAUCGUGAUCGCCAUCGUUUUUGUCAACUGUCACCUCAGACGCAAAAACAGGAAGCUGAAACGAGCCCUCAGCGCCAGAACGGAGGAGAUGAUCAGUCUGUCACGACAGGUGUCCAUGAGGAGACUCAACUCCAUCAACGGUGAUCCCAGGACAGCGACGGAGGAUUCACUGAUUCAUGCAGAGAGUUUGAUAAAAGGCAGUGUUUUAUCAGUGGAGGAUCAUUCAACGCUGAGUGACGUGAAAGCCAGACAUGUAGACGGGGAAUACGACAGUCUGGGACGUCCCGCCAUUUACCCUUCGUACCGGCCGGAGCGAAACGGCAAGAAGCAGAGAGACAUAGAGGAGGAGAGAAAAGAGCGCAGACGGAGAGUCGAGUCCUACAUCAAAUCCAGCAAUAUGUCACUGGAUUCCGGGCUUCACCGGGAUCAGAGUUCUCCUCCUCCGUCCGUGAGCUCGGUUCCGACCGCAGACGUGAUCGGCGACGGAUGGAAGCGCGGCUCACGCAGAGAGAUUCACCGAGCGGAGCGUGAGAGAGACCUGCAGCGAGAGCGAGUUCCUGAAGGAGAAGAAGAAAGCUGUGCUGUGGACUCCUAUCACCUCUCCGAGGCCACGUCAAACUACUUCCAGUGCAGCAACGGCGGACUGACGCCGAAGGCAAACCCCAACGCUAUUAUCAUACACUCACGUGGACAGGUCAUCUGAUCAACAACAACACAAUCCGUCCUGGAAACGAAGCCUUGUGCUGAUUAUCAGUGCAGACAGACUGAUUAUCUGUAAACUCUUAAAGGGACAGUUCACAGAAAAUAAUCAAUUGCACGCCCUCAUGUCGGUCAAACUUGCAUGACUUUCUUUCUUCUAUGGAACUUGAAAGUGUUUUGCAAAGUAUUCAUGCUCAAAACUGUUAUGCAUAUCACUCAAGCAUGAUAUCGCAAGCCUUUUGAAGUCAUCUGUGUGAAAAACAGUCUGGAGUCAAUCAGGUUAAGUUGCUGUUCGCUAGUAAUCUUACAUCUGAAAAGCAUUCAGGUCUCAUUUACGUCACAAACGUUUGAGACGUUUUGAGUUGUUCAAACCUGGCGUGAUGCAUCUCAAGAUUUGAAUAAACACUUUCCAUUUAGUUAAUGCAUUAGCUAAUAUAAACUAACAAUGAAAUAUAAAUAAAUAUUAUUUAAAAAAAAAAAAAAUAUAUA